UCUUCUAUCUGCUGACAUUUACUUUUACAUCUACAUUUACCUUCAUAUCCAGACACAGUUACAGUUACAGUCACUUACAGUUUGAAGACUGAUUUGACCCCCAUCAACAUGUCCUUCUCCAACUUCAUCUCCUCGGCCAUCGAGCAGGCCGCCAGCAACUACGCUGGUGGUAGCAACAACAAUAACAGCAACAACAGCAACAGCGGGAACGCCCACCACGGUCAGGGUCAGGGUGGUUCCUAUGGUGGUGAGCAGCAGGGUGGGUAUGGGGGCGAGCAGAGCUAUGGCUCCCAGGGCGGUUCCUACGGUGGUGGUCCCCAGGGCGGUUCCUAUGGUGGUAGCCAGGGUGGUUACGGCGGUGAGCAGGGCGGUUCCUAUGGUGGUGGUCCCCAGGGCGGUUCCUAUGGUGGUGGUCCCCAGGGUGGUUAUGGUGGUCCCCAGGGCGGCUACGGCGGCGAGCAGGGCGGCUACCAGCAGCAGCAGCACCACCACCAGCAGCACCACCAGCAGCAGCAGGGCGGGUACAGCGAGGGUGGCUCCUACGGCGGAGGUCCCCAGGGCGGUUCCUACGGUGGCGAACCAAGCUACGGCUCCCAGGGCAGCUACGGCGGCGGCAGCAACAACAACGAAGGCAACUACGGCCACAACCCACCCCACCAGAACCCGUCCUACGGCGGCGGCAGACCCAGCUACGACGACGUCGCCUCCGCAACCAGCCACGCCGAAUCGCACAGCGCGGGCACCGGCUCCUCGGACCUCUUCCAGAAGGCGCUGGGCUACAUCACCAACCGCCAUUCCUCGUCGGAGGAUGACGACGACGACAUCGACGAGUCCCAGAUGGUGCAGUCGCACCAGGCUGUUUACAACUCGCACGAGGGUGCUGGCCAGCAGCAGCAGCAUGAUUCCAAGACCCUGGGCGCUGGCGCCGCUAUGCAGGCGCUGAAGAUGUUCACCUCUGGCUCCGGCGGGUCGGGGAGCAGCAGUGGCUCCGGCGGCAAGAAUGAGUUCAUUGGGCUUGCGAUGGCGCAGGCGAGUAAGCUUUGGGAGGAGAAGAGCUCGAGUGGGCUGGCGUCCGGCGACAAGCAAUCCGCGAUCAACCAGGCCGCUGAGAUGGCGCUGAAGAUGUACAUGAAGAGUCAGGGGAGUGGGUCGAGUGGUACCGGCGGGCCGGCCGGGUUGUUGAGUUUGGCGAGUAAGUUCUUGUAAGGUUGCGUGCCUUUUUUCGGAAGGGUUGAGCAUCGCAUCGCGGGAUGGAUGUAGCAUCGCUCGGGACGCAGAUUCAGAUCAGAGGACCGAGCCGGGGAAUUUGCUCUUAGGCCGGGGAUAGGUUUCAUGAGCUUUGUGUAUGUUCUUAGGAUGAGAUCUUGACUUGUAGUUACACUAUGUAUGCAUUGUGUUGAGAUUUGUGGACUUUUGGGGCUUGUAGGUUAUGGAUUUCGUGGUCUUUAAGGUUAAGUCUUAUUAGUUUUGAUUAUGGUGGUUGCUUGGUUGGUUUCUGGAAAGCCAAUAAAGAUGUUGGGCAUUUUUUAGUGUCCGGGUACUUGGUUUGUUAAAUGAGAUGGCUGUAUGUUGAGGAGGUCCGGUUGAUUGUGAGGGCACUAUGACUUUAUCUCUACGAGGUCUACUCUUCAAGGCAG